AUGUUCCCGUCGACUACUAGCCCUACUCCACAAGCCCUUCUUCUCGAUCCUUUGAGCUUCGCUCAAUUGGCAGCCGCCGCUUCGGCUGUUCCAGUGGCAAGCAGCGCCCCGUCCAAAUCGCCCAGCAGUCUUCAGAACGCAAACCGCCGACGACCCAGCGGUUCUGCCCAAAAGCCUUACGCUCCAUCGACGACUUGUCAACGACGUCUUGUCGCGGCAGCCACCGCCUCAGGUAAUGGUCGCACCCAGCUUGCACUGAUCUUUGUUUGUCUGUCUUUGUUUAUUCUUCUCGUCUGGACUUAUCAACGGGCGCGGAGCGGGCUUGUCUGGCUAAGAGGUUCUUUCAUCUCGAUUUUAUUAUACUGUUGCAACUGUGUUUACAGCGAUCGUCACCGUUAUCAGUGCGCUCAGGGAUUGAUAAAAGUUUCUGCGUGUUUGAGAACGUGAUGCUCGUCGACGAAGAAUCUAGUUGUCGGGGCGUAUCCUUCCAUCUCUGAAGGAUUUCUCUUCUUCGCCCGGCGAUCUUGUUCUAGACAUUAUUAAUGCUGGAGGAAGAGGAACAGAGAAACGCUGUCGGUUUCAGCAACGUCCGUUUCCCCGCUCCUCUUAAUUGAAUGUCUUCCCUUUUAUGGGAACGCCGGCGUGCUGGGAAGGAGCUCCUAUUUUGAUAGUUGAUAAUAAUAGUUCGGUUUCAUUUGCUGAAAUGCGUCUUACAUCGAUUGUAAUCUUUACGACUUUUUACAUUAGAACAAAAUUUCCAAAGAAAGGAUUGCCGAUUUUUUCCUACCAAAGCGGGUAAUUUUAAACGCAAGCGAAAGUGAAGAAGGAUAAUGUCACUUUUGUCUGGGCGACACAAUCACACAAUAGCAGCCGUCUACGCACUUUUCUGAUCUCCCCGAAUGCGUCUGGGUGCGCUUGAUCUUGGCGGUCGGUUGCGCUCUGUUGAGGGCUGUUUCCCUUCCCUUUCUCUCAGCAACAGGUUUUCCGCGAUAUUUUUUCUCCGCUGCACCUGUGCUAUUCGUGUCGUCGUAUCUCGCACGCACCCAAAUCUGUCCUUUUUUCUCCUCUGAAUAAUCUACUCUUUUUCUACUAUAGGUGUGAAAUUAUUGAUUUUAUGUAAUCGUUACUUGCUAGCUUCUCUCGAUGUUUUCCGCUCGAGACAAAUUUUCUGAAAAUUGUGAUUUUUUAUAGAUAAUUCACACUUUUUUUAUAUUUGAUAUUUUUAUUAUAUUUGACAUCAACGUGAUGCGUCAGUCACGUUGUCAAAUUGCCGUAAUUUUUUUCAUGUCAAUUUGUUCUGUCAUUCCGAUUGUCAAGUUUAACUUUUUUUGGAUUUUCAAUUCCAAAAAAGCGCCGAUAUUUCCCCGACAGACUGAUAUCUGAUAAUCUUGUUAACACUGACGUGGUUACAUUACGGAAUUUUAAAAUGAUUCUUUUUCAAACUCCUCGAUUUUAGGUUUGUACUCGAGAUAUUUGAAGAUCAAAGUGUAAACUUGGUUUCUCCAAUAAUUAUUUUAAUUUCAGGGGUAAUGGAAUUGCGGGUUGGAGGAUGCUUUCGACUUGGCCGCAAGAUUGGAAGUGGAUCAUUCGGUGACAUUUAUCUUGGUGAAAAUAUUGUUACACAUGAAGAAGUCGCCAUCAAACUCGAGUGCAUGAAAACAAAACACCCACAGCUCCACAUUGAAGCAAAGUUAUAUAAAUUUAUGCAUGGCGGAGUUGGAAUACCUGUCGUUAAAUGGUGUGGAUACGAAGGAGAUUACAAUGUAAUGGUUAUGGAGCUUCUUGGGCCAUCGUUAGAAGAUCUUUUCAACUUUUGUUCCCGACGGUUUACCCUUAAAACGGUAUUGCUUCUUGCAGAUCAAAUGGUAGGUCGAUUUAGGCCUGGUGCACGUGGAUUCGCAAUCUCGCAAGUUUCUUUACUGUAAAGUUUCAGCUUUCGAGGAUCGAAUACAUUCACAAUAAAGAUUUUAUCCACCGCGAUGUAAAACCGGACAAUUUUUUGAUGGGUCUCGGCAAACGGGGCAACCUUGUAUAUGUAAGUUUUCUUAAGUUCGUUCUACUUCUGGUUUAGAUAAUUGAUUUUGGGUUGGCGAAACGAUUCCGCGAUCAACGAUCUCGCACUCAUAUCCCAUAUAGGGAUCAUAAAAAUCUCACGGGUACUGCGCGAUAUGCUUCUGUAAAUACUCAUCGAGGUAUCGAGCAAUCGAGAAGAGACGAUCUGGAGUCCUUGGGGUAUGUGCUCAUGUAUUUCAACCGGGGAAGUCUCCCUUGGCAAGGCUUGAAAGCGGCUACAAAAAGGCAGAAAUACGAGAAAAUUGCUGAGAAAAAGAUGAGCACCUCCGUCGAGGAAUUAUGUCGGACUUUUCCCAGUGAGUUUACCUAUUUUUUGGCGACUUUUUACUUUUCUACAAGUCGUUCUUCUUGUUUAGGUGCCUUUGUCGAAUACAUUGAAUACUGCAAAAGUCUCAAAUUCGAAGAACAACCAGACUACGAGAAAUUACGGAAGAUCUUCCGAGAAUUGUUUCGCCAACGGGGUUACGAGAUGGACUACGUCUUCGAUUGGAAUAUGAACUUACCGUAUGUUGGUCUUAAUAUUUGACAGCUUCUCAAUUUCUUAACAAUUCAUUUGAUAUUAUUUGUAAGGGAAUGGAUUCGUCUUAACAUUAUUAUAGUCGUAUCUAGUCAUUUGUUUGAAACUUAUAAAUUAAUUUAUUUUUGGUAUCGGUGUCUUUUUUUCCAGCCAGACAUGGACGUCUUGUCUGGAGAAGUCUGUUAAGUCAAAAAGCCCUUCCUACACUUCCGAGGUUUAUAAGUAUUCACAUCUCAACGUCUUGAAGUCACCUGAUUUCCGUCACGUCAGUCUGCGCACGGUCCAUUGAUCCUACUAUUAUUUUAAUGAGAGGUUUAGAAAUUCCAAUCGUGGUGCUCACAACGGAAGCGCGAUAACUAAUGGUCAUGCGCGACAACAGGCGCCGGUCAUUCCCACGGGGCAUCAAAACGUGCCCGGAGGGCUAAUGUUCCAACCUCAGCCGGUGUCGUUGCCCAGUGCGGCGUUCAACAUGAUGCGAAAGUAA